UGAGACAGCUGUAUUGUUUUUUUAGUGUGUGCGCUUUUAGUAAGCAAAGUUAUUGUACGCAACAGUAUUAAAAACGCUGAAAAUUAAGAAUUCCAAUUACUAAAAAAUAAUUACGAGCCUAUUGCAUAAGCAAUAAAAAUUAAGUGUUUAUAGAGUUGGCUACAAAUGCUGUGUAGAAAAUAGUAUUUCUAGACGCCUCGCCGCUGCAGCGGAACACAGCUUGGAAAAGGCCAAAAAUCGGACAGAAAUGUCUCUUUAAUCAAAAUCAAAUAAAUUGUCAAAGCAGAACAUCAAAAAUGAAACAAAAAAGCUGGCGGCACAAGCGUAAAUAACUAAUUAAUAAUUCAAAAAAGUUAGCUAACGGUAAAUAAGGAUACUAGAGCGAAGGCAGCCUAAAAUAAGUUAAGCUGAAGGAACAUGCUUGGACGCACACAGAAGCUGCUGCUGGGACUGGCCAUCCUGUUGCUAGUCAAUGUGCUCUGGGUAUCAUCCAGCGAACUAAGCAAGUUUCUCUAUGAGGAUGAUAAAUAUGAUAAGCCAUUCUUUAGCACCUACUUUAAGACGUCCAUGUUUAGCGUCUAUUUGUUGAUUAUUGGCAUUAUAGCGCCUUGGAAGGAGUCAUGUGAGCGUCAACAUGGCAAUUAUGCGAUGAUGGAACAGCAUGCUGAUGAGGAGAACUAUUACACCAAUCAAGCUGCUUUGGGGGAUUCGACUUUUGUGCCCAUACGUGUGGCUAAUCCCAUAAAUGGCAUGGUAUCCGGCACGGAGAGCGACGAUUCAAGUGUGCGCAGCGUUCGCUUCUGUAAGAUGGCCGAGGUGCGAGAGAUGUCGGCGCAUGAGGCAACGGAUGCCUUGAUGGCUCGACUAUCCUAUGCCGCGAGCAUGAGAAUUAGAAGACAAAAGACUCAUCAUAAGACAGCAAAGACAGCAUUGCUCUUCUGUUUGCUCUGGUUCGCUGCGAAUUACUUUUCGCAGCUCGCUUUGGAUAUGGAUGAGGAGCCCAUGAUCACGCUCAUCAGAUCCACUUCAGCCACACUGUUUACCAUAUUCUUAGCUGCCCUGUUUCCCUCUGCGAUGGGCGAUAAGCUGACCAUAACGAAACUAAUUGCUGCCACGAUGAGUAUUGGCGGCGUCGUGGUCAUCAGCAUGAAUGAUCUGCAUGACUCGAAGAUGACGCGUGGUGUGCUCUUAGCUCUGUUCAGUGCUUUCUUCUAUGCCUCGUAUUUGGUGUUUGUCAAGCGAAAAAGUGACACCGAGGAAAAGGUGGACAUUCCGUUGUUCUUUGGUUUUGUUGGCCUAUGGAACCUGUUGCUGCUGUGGCCCAUUUUCUUUAUAUUGCAUUUCACAAAGAUCGAAACAUUUGAGAUGCCCAGCCAAGGACAGUUUGGCAUGCUCUUCUUAAAUGGUUUUAUUUGCACAGUGCUCGCUGUCGCUCUAUGGCUCUGGGGCUGCUUCCUCACCUCCUCGCUAAUUGGCACGCUGACCAUGUCGCUACAAAUACCUUUGACGAUUGCAUUUGAUGUUCUACUCAAGCAUAAGCCUUACUCUUCGCUAUACUGGAUGGGCUCGAUGGGCCUGAUAAUGGCAGUGCUGCUUGUUGUUUUGUUAAUGCGCAACGAUGAUUCAGAUCCGCUUAUGAAACUAUUCAAAGUUGUAUAUAGAAAGAUUUGUGGUUGCCGCAAGCCAAAUAUUGUGAGAGUCGCUGACGAUGAGCAACAGGAAUCUCUUAUCAAUAGCAGCGAUUAAAGUCUGACAAUUGAUCUUCUGGAAGGGCUUUUGGAAAACGCGCUUUCUCAACAAUUUAAAAAAUUGCUCACUUCAAUUGCAAUGCAAAUCCAAAACUUGGCUGUUCACGACUUCGUUUCGAA